CGGAAGUGAAGUAUCCAGAGGAAAACACGAAAACACCACUCGAUAUGCGAGAUGGAUGCAGACUUGUGUACAGCAGCCGAUGUGUGUGUGACUGUAGAGUUUUAACACCUGUAGCCACGGCAUGGAGCGUGUCACGUUAUAACACUGCAUGUGUCAACUUCAUGUGUCAACUUCAUGUUGUACCGUUAUUAACCAGCAUGUAGAAUGUCUGUGACACACAUCCUCUUUUGUGAUUCAUUAAGAUACAAUAUAUAGUUGUCAUGGAGACCCAAGGCUUUCAUGGACAGCCUCGAAAAGUUCUCAAACAAAUGUCCAUAAGACGACAGGACUUGGAACGGUCGUCGCAGAAGCUUACCAGUAAUCUGGCACAGUUACAGCGAGUCAACAUGGAACAGGAACAGAGGAUUGACACAACACUGUCAGAACUACAGCAACAGCAGAAACGCACAGAAGAAUUACUGCAUUCUGAUUGGUCGAAUACUAGCUCCGGUCAAGGAGAUCAGAGAAGAUCCUCUGGGUCACAGAGCACAGUCCAGCGUGAGCAAUCAUUCACAAGACAGUUGAAGCAGUGGGGUACAUCCGAUGUUAUUCGGUGGCUAGAAAAUAGGAAACUCCACAAAUUUAUCCUCCUCUUCCAAAGACACCAUGUGGCAGGGAUAGAGCUAGCAGAUCUACAGCUUCCCUUCCUCGAGGGUUAUGACCACAUCAGUAUUGAGGACAGAGAGCUGCUCCUGGCAGAGGUUUACGAGUUACUGAGGCUGGAACAGAACACCGAUGAGGAUGACACCCAUCGCCUCCAGACUGCGGUUGAGCACCAGAAAUACCAAGCAGCCAUUACUCUCGCCAAAGACAAGUCCAGUGCCUUCCAUCGCUCACAGAGUGUACCAGUUGUCCUGGCCUCUGGUCACUCUUCUGUUUUACCAUCAUCUCCAUCAUCAACAACAUCAUCGCCCACACCAAAGCUGCGUAAAAAGUCUGAAUCUGAUGUCCGAGAGUUAAAGUCAGGGGAGGGAGUUGUUACGUUACGCAGACAGAAGGUUCUCAGAGACCCGGAAAGAUCUCCACGAGGUGACACUUUCGUACGUCAAAAUUCUCCUGGUGGAGAUUCACAGUCAAGCACAGGGUCAUUGAAGUCUAGUGGAGGUGGUACACUGAACAAACCUGUGAGGAAGAAGUUACACCAGAAGACUCCUGAUAAACGCUCAUUGUACGGCUUCAUUGAUGGAAAGACUGCACAGGAAGUCUGCUGUGUCCAUCUACGAAAGACCAAUGGUCAGUUUGGGAUGACCUUCCAACUGGACAACAAAGGUCAGUUGAUCAUCGGGUCAGUGGAGGAAAGUCUACAGAGUCGCAGUGUGAAGGCAGGAGACAGGAUUCUGGAGAUGAAUGGUCAUUUGUUGUUUCCAAUGUCAACAAGUGAUGUCCAGCGAUUGGUGGAAGGAGUGACCAGUCAGUGUGAGGAGAUAGAGUUGGUCAUCUGGUGUGACCCUGCUGUCAGGAGAAUGGAAUUGAGAAGCAGUGGAGAGUUCGCAGACAAGCGCUGGUGGGGCUUAAGGAAAGUGUUGACAGACAUGCAAGUACAGGAUAUGGACCCCGACCAAAUUAUCAGCGGUGUGCCACAGAAGGACAUAACAGACCUCAAGGACAGGUGCACACUACAGGAUGAGCUGGUUGAACUGAAAGACCUGGUUAAGGAUCAGCAGAGUGUGAUUGAGGGUCUACAGAAGGAACUCACAGCCAAAGAAGAGUGCAUCUGGGAAUUAAGGCGUCAGAAGGAUGCUGCACUGAAAGCUGCUACAGACCUCCACACACAGUCCAGGAAGGGUGUGUCUAUACAAGGAGAGGCACAGUAUUACAAAAUGACAAUGGACAGUCUCAAGGUCGAAGGUGUUUCCAAGGAAAAAUUGAUGACUGCACUGAAGGAAAUUGUAAAAGAAGCUAGUCGUCAAAAGGUGUACCUAGACCGUCUUAUAUCUGUGGUGAUUGAGGAAUCGCCAUGGAUACUGGAGCAGAUUGACGCAGACUUCGAUGAAAUGGUGCCGGACACCACAGGAGAAUACUGUUGAUCAUUGAAAACUGUUGUCGAUGCUACUUUGUUGGUGCUAUGAUGAAAAGUGUUCGCAAAAUUUCAUUGAAUAUAAAUUUCUAUAUUCGUAUUAACAGACCAAAAAUUAAUCUAAAUAUUCAAAAUUUAUGUUAAAAGAUGAUAGGUAAUAGUGAUGGUUUUUAGUUACCGGAAGUUGUAUGUUAGGUGAUAUGUUUAAUUUUGUAUGUAUAAAAAGUUGACAUUUAUGAAAAAAUAUAUACAUUGUUCAAGAUUGGUUCAUGGUGGACACUUAUGAAGUUUCUAUACAAAUUUCUACAUUAUUUACUGGUUGUACAGAACAAGAGUGGUCCAAACAAUUAUGUUCUAUCAAUAGUUCCACCAUGUUGCCACUGUUAUGUGAUUUUAUUUUGUAAAACUAAGCAUUACAAGUUCUCACUACAUCCUAGGUACUGCAAUCAUUGGUGCAAUAUCCGUGUGUUCGUGUCAUACAUUAUACGUUGUUUGCCAUAACCCUUCGGGGAACUCCUCAUCGAUUAACCAUUCCUAUUUAUAUACCGGUAUAGUGUUUGACAUCUCAGUUUGAAAUAUAGUGAAAUAUGUAUAUGUAGUAGAAACCUCAUAGGGCUGUUCAAGAAAUGAAUAUAUUCAUAGGGCAGGGAGACACCUUUUUGUGACCUCCACAACUGACAAUCAUUAUUUUCUGUGGUCCUCAAUACAGCUGCUAUAAUAUGUAGGGACCUAGAACGAAGUUAUCCAGAUGUAGGGGUGUUGUGAAUAUAUAACAGGAAGAAAUAGCUUAAGAUGGGAACCCAAUGUUCUAGUUAAAGCAGUUACUGUAAAAUCACUAAUUUUCAUGGGGAUUUUAAUUACAAAAUUUGUAUGUCCACAAACCAAUUUCAGGUUUGAGUGGUAUACUGCCAGCUUUCAUGGGCAAUCGGAAAAUUCAUGCACACAUGGAAUGGGGUUUUGGGAAAACCAUGAAAUUCAAGCCCCACAAAAAUGUGUGAUUUAACAGUAUUUGACUUGUGAAUAAUGAAUUAAGUAUCCACCUUUUGUCAAAAUUCUUGCCCCUCUAUUGCUUACGUCUAUGAAUCAUCCCAGGAAAAGUUCAAAACGUAAAUUAACAGCUUCUUAAACACUGUGUCCGAUUAUCAUUUCCCUCCUACAUAUAUCUCACGGUACUAGUCAUAGAUGGGGGGUUUUACUGGUGCAUGUUGUGUUGGGUGUUAUUGUGUUUUCCUGAGAUGACUUUGCCAGUAUUUGAAAUGAGGCAUGAAUGAUGAUAAUUGGUGGUGUAGUGUUUGGUUUACCAUCUCUGAGAAACCAAAUGUAGUGGAAGAAACUACAGACCUAAUUAUGAUUAAAGUUAGUCCUUUAAUUUUCAUAAUCAUUAUGCAAGGUUUUAUCUAAUAUCUUUUCCAUAAGGAUUGAAGUUUUUGAACUACUCCAGUUUUUUUUGACUGAUGACAGACUGUUAACGUUUUUUUAUGUUUAUUAAAUGUUGAAGCUAGGGGAGUCGGUACAAAAAGUUCAUGACCAUAAUGUUGUGAGAUGUUUCCUGUAUGUUUUAAUUUUCUAAGUAGUCUUUAUCAAAUCCCUAGCCAUAUUAAUGUGAGGGUGUGCUGCUGAGGUUGUGAGAUGUCUAUGAGUGUCUUAAGAGAGAUUCUUACUGUUGUUGUGAGGUGUUUGCUGUACAUGUGUGUUUCAAAUAUCCAAGUGGUCCACCAUGUUUACAUCCAUUAAUGAACAUUGAGGUAUCACAACAGUUACAUCUGAUGUUUAUAUAUGGUGGUGUAUCACCAUGGUUACAUUUGAUGUUUAUAUAUGGUGGUGUAUCACCAUGGUUACAUCUGAUGUUUAUAUAUGAUGGUGUAUCACCAUGGUUACGUCUGAUAUUGAUGUAGGUAUAUCUAUAACCAUGGUUACAUCUGAUGUUAAUAUAUGAUGGCGUAUCACCAUGGUUACAUCUGAUGUUAAUUUAUGAUGGUGUAUCACCAUGGUUACAUCUGAUAUUGAUGUAGGUAUAUCUAUAACCAUGGUUACAUCUGAUGUUUAUAUAUGAUGACGUAUCACCAUGGUUACAUCUGAUAUUAAUGUAGGUAUAUCUAUCACCAUGGUUACAUCUGAUAUUGAUGUAGGUAUAUCCAUCACCAUGGUUACAUCUUAUGUUUAUAUAUGAUGGUGUAUUACCAUGGUUACAUCUAUUACAAAUGAUAACUGUUCUUAAAUGUAUGUUCCUGAAAUAAUAAAGUUCAACAUCAUUUAGAUGAGAAGUGCAUCAGGAGACUGGUAAAGUUGUAUUGAGUUGUGUUAUAGUAUUUAUAAGAUUAUAAGAUCUGUUACUGUGGAUUUCAUUAGUUUAACAUGUUUAUUUUGAAGGUGUAAUGUACAGUCUUUGUUUUUGUUAUUUUGUUUAAGUUUAGUUAUUUUAUUACCACAACGUUCAGGCCACUUGAGUUAAGAGUAUUUAGUUUUAUUAUAGAUAUAUAAAUUAUAUAAUGUUCAUUACUCAGUAUUAAUUAUUUAAAACAUUAAGGAGAAGAUAAUUUUAUUAAGUUGUGUGUAAUCAAUUGUUGACACGUAAGCAUGUUCUUCUAAGUAAAUCUAAAAUGAUAUAUAUUUGUAUCCCAUGUUGAUGAAUGAGAGUGUAUUAUUAAAUUUUUCCGAUUUAAAUUGAUUAAUUACUGGUAAUUAAUAUGAUAAGGAAAUAUGAUUUUCAAAUAUAACUUGAUUAAUUAAAUAAUUUAUAGUAUUUAACAUUAAAGAUAAUGUCAAUGAGAGAAUAAACUGGUCCUCACAUAAGAACAGUUGACAUGUCACAUGCUCCAGAACUUGCAGCCAACCUUGGCAGGUUAAACAAGUUAGAUGAAAGUAAACAUGCACUUCAAAGAGCAACUAACACUAUUAUAUUGGGAGUGGUAUUUCUAAUCUAGUCGUAUGUCGUUUUAACCCAGGUAUCAAUUAAUCUGUAUCUUGUAUAUCAUUAUUCUCAUUCCAGUUUAUAAAUCUGAGUGAAGAAUGAGAUAUAUUUUAGGUAGAUGGUAUAUAAUGUAAAAACGUUUCAAACCCUAUAUCUUCAUUGGGUGUAAAGUUGUUGGAUCUUGACUCAGUAACUCAGAAAAGACCCAGUAAGCCCUAACAAUUACAGUAUGAGAGUUAGGAAAAACCAAUAUUAAGCUGGUUAUAUAACUUUAAGAUUUAUACACUUGUUUAACCUAUAUAAACCACAUACUUAAUGAACCAAGAUUUUUAAUAUGCAAGUGUUGGAUUAUACAGGUUCAGGUCACAAUGAAUAAAGUGAAACUUUGUUGCCGGUCUGAUUUCUACAGUCUUCAAUAAGAUUCAUCAGUUUGGAAAUAUGUGAUAACAAAGUACGGUUAAUACAUACAUUGUUUGUGUAAAAAGUAAAACUUGGAUAUCUGAUUUCUACAGGUUUCUAAAUUGAUAAGGUCAUAUCUGUACUGGGUAUGCUGUAUAUAGUCAGUGUCGUCUAAAUAAAGGGCUGGAAAUAGCAGUCAGUCCAUGUUCCAUUACUUUUCAGCAGCUCUGGUAAAUUUUGAACUUGUAUAUGUGAACAGAUAAAUUUUCAAACUGUUACUGGCUUGAAUUCUUUUUAUUUUUCUAAACCUACAAACAUGUGUUCAACUGACUGUAUUGUAAUAAUUUUAUUUUGCAAACAAGUUCAUUUUUAUGUACAUAAAAAAAUUGUUAUUUGAUAUAAAUAUAAAUAUACAUAUACAGCUAAAAUUACAUUAUAUAUACAUAUACCUUGUAUACUGUAGUAUUUACAAUGUUAGUAACACGAUGUUAUGACUAUAAUAAAUACAAGAACUAUU